GACAGAGGGAGCAGAGCGGACUUUAAAGCGUACACAGAGACUGGGUUCCUUUUCUUUUUUCUUUCUUUUUUUUUGCUAAUUUCCCCGUAGACAAGAAUUUUAUCACAUUUAAAGUGACAGCAAGGCGAUAAAAUAUUCCUUUCGGAUACUCACCCACCGGAACAGAUGUCAAGACUCUGAUGUUCAAAACACCGAUUGCAAUUGUGACGUGCUCUAUGCCGGAUAUGUUUUGGCCAUCUGCCUGUCCACAUUGACACAAGGGUUCAAAAGUCCUCAGCUGACUCAGGUCGAGUCACCGUUGGCUGUCUGGUCAGAGAGUUUUUCUAACUGCUAUUUUGUCAAGUACAGUCUGCAACAACAGCGUGUAGUUUCCCACAUUUCCAGUGGAAAGUUUCCUGCAUCAUAUUUUUACAUAAUUCUUCAUCCAUGACUGAGGAUUUCAACGUACCAUACAUCAACAGUCCCCUGUUGAUGAUGCCACAGCACUGAGCUAAUCCAUGAUUAUCAUGUCAGAGUAUCCCGAGGAAGAAAACUCUGUACCGCAAAUGCAGGAAGUGGACUCGAGCCGUUUAGGAAGUCAUGUCCUCUCUCCGAUCUUUAACUCCGCAUCUCCGUCGUUGACGGCGGAGAGCCACCCCAUCUGCAUCCCUUCACCCUACACGGACCUUGGCCAUGAUUUCACCACUCUACCAUUCUAUAGCCCCACUCUGCUGGGUUAUGGUGCGACUUCCCUUUCUGACUGCCCAUCGGUACGGCAGUCGCUAAGCCCUACUCUAUUUUGGCCGCCUCACAGUCACGUUUCCUCAUUUGCAUUGCAUCAACAACAGACACGCCUCCAGCAAAACCAUCCGGCCAAUGGGAGUUGGGCAGAACUUACGCCACAUGAUCACGCUGAAGAGGAAAACAGCAAACCUCUGGUGAAGAGGGUAGGAGAUGCUGGAGAAACAGCUUUGUCCUACAGAGGUAAAGCUGACAUGCACUACUGCGCUGUCUGUAGCGAUUACGCCUCUGGGUAUCAUUAUGGAGUCUGGUCAUGUGAGGGCUGCAAAGCUUUCUUCAAGAGGAGUAUUCAAGGACACAAUGACUAUAUCUGCCCUGCAACCAACCAAUGCACCAUCGAUAAGAACCGCAGAAAAAGCUGCCAGGCCUGUCGGCUCCGAAAGUGUUACGAAGUGGGAAUGAUGAAAUGUGGAUUACGGCGAGAUCGUGGCACCUACCAACAAAGAGGAGGGCAGCAGAAGCGACUGGCACGGUUCCCUGCCAGGACCAGAGCGAGCGUCCAGAAGCCUCAGGAGGUUAAAAGUGUCCCACGUCCCCUCAGUAGAAACGAGGUUGUUACCAUGACGCUGAGCCCCGAGGAACUAAUAACCCGCAUUAUCGAUGCUGAGCCACCUGAGAUUUACCUCAUGAAGGACAUGAAAAGACCGUUCACUGAGGCCAAUGUCAUGAUGUCACUCACCAACCUGGCCGACAAAGAGCUCGUUCAUAUGAUAAGCUGGGCCAAGAAGAUACCAGGGUUUGUGGAGCUCAGUCUUUUUGACCAGGUGCAUUUGUUGGAGUGCUGCUGGUUAGAGGUUUUGAUGCUGGGGUUAAUGUGGAGGUCUGUUAACCACCCUGGAAAGCUCAUCUUCUCUCCAGAUCUCAGUCUCAGCAGGGAUGAGAGCAGCUGUGUGCAGGGGUUUGUGGAAAUCUUUGAUAUGCUGCUGGCAGCCACAUCCCGGUUAAGAGAACUGAAGUUACAGAGAGAAGAGUAUGUGUGUCUGAAAGCCAUGGUCCUCCUUAACUCGAACAUGUGUUUGAGCUCUUCUGAAGCUGGAGAGGAGCUGCAGGGACGAUCGAAGCUGCCCUGUCUGCUGGAUUCGGUGACAGACGCCCUGGUGUGGGCCAUCUCGAGGACAGGCUUGUGUUUUCAGCAACGUUCAACGCGGCUGGCCCAUCUGCUCAUGCUGCUGUCCCACAUCAGACACGUCAGUAACAAAGGUAUGGAUCAUCUGCACUGCAUGAAGAUGAAGAAGGUAGUUCCUUUAUAUGACCUACUCUUGGAGAUGUUGGAUGCCCAUAUCAUGCAUAGCUCACGGCUAUCUCACACCAGCUCUCAAAUGGACCCUGCUCCCAAAGACAGCAAAGAUAGCCUGGAUACCCAUGCGUGCUCUUCACAGCAUGGAGAGACUUAAGGACCUUAAUCCAUCUGGGCUGAAGGACGAUUUAUAGUUUUUGGUGGAUGGAUGACAAAAACACUUAAGAGAGGAUCGAGCACGCACAAGAUGAAAAGCAUCACUGAUAGCUCAAGCUUUUGUUUUUUUUUCUAAAGCCGCAGCCGAUGAAAAACUCUUAAAGCCAUUUUUGUAAACAGAAAAAUAAGAACAACCAACCAACCACAAACACAA